CUGGAUUUCGAGGGAGGAAGAGGAAAGGAGCGCGAGGUGAAAAUGGCGAGCAGAGGAUUCCUAAUGUCGUGCCUCCGUGCCGAGUGCUCCUCGCGUGACCUCUCUGCGGUGUCCCGAUAUCCAUCGAUGCCGAAGUACCCCAAAGGGGCGGCGAAGACGAAGGAGGCGGUGGUGGAGGGAAAUGGCGUCGAGGUGCCGCCGGAGAGGCAUAGGACGGCGAUGUUUUCCGUGGUUGGGAUGGCGUGUUCGGCCUGUGCUGGGUCGGUGGAGAAGGCGAUCAAGCGGCUAACGGGUAUCCACAACGCUGCAGUGGAUGUCCUCAAUAACCGUGCUGAAGUUAUCUUUUACCCUAAAUUCGUCUCGCCUGAGAUUCACCCGCCGAAGCAAAAGAUUACCGCCUUCGCGAGACGGGAAGCAAAAGGGAAAGCGGAAGACGCCACAGAGGAUCGUACGCUUGCUAUUGGAGCUAACAGAGGUGGACGAGGCGAAGUAGUCGUCGAAUCGGUCGAACUGCGAAGCAGUCGUCGAGAGGCGAGCGAACGGUUCGAGCUCUCCAGGAGGACGAAGUCGUUGAGCGGCGAGCGGUGA